GCAUGCCUUACACGAUGCAGUACCGUAAGAACGCUGGUUGGUGUACCUAAUGACCUUUUCCAGGUGUCCCAUUAGCUAAUGUAGGUUUAGACUAUUGUACAUAACAUAUUUUGGAACCAGCAUUAUGGAUUCACAUGAAUGAUGUAAUGUAUAUAUUUGAGAGCUAUAAGGCUCUUUAGCAAUUAAUGAGCUCGGGUUUAUUACAAAAUUCCUUCCCUAUGUUGGGGACUCCAGAUGGCCUAGCACGCGAGAUAGUGGUACCUUGUCCCGCAUCCAUUGCUAUCACCUGCAAGCCUACAGUGAAUGAUUUUGCCGGAUGCGACGUAGCGAGAAAUGUCAAGUCCAUGAUUGGAAGCUUCUCGUCGCCGCGAUUUUCGGUCCAAAAAUGUUCAAUAAUUUGAAAAAGCGCGUUGAACAAGAAGGCGGAGAAGGCCUUCUAUCAGCCGUGGCCACUGGGGCAAUUUCUGGCUUCAGGUCUCCACAUUCGUCUAUCCGAUCGACGUCACGAGAAAGUUUAGUAGAUUCUUCGGACCGGAAACUGUCCGUAUCUUCGGUAUCAACUCCGAUACCCGAGGAGAGCUCUUCGAACGAACUAAGAAAUCGUAUCGCACGCCUCCAAACUGCCCUGGAUCGUCAACAAGCUGGCUUUGAUCGACGAAUGAAGAAAAAUGAUGAAGAAUGGGAUGAACGUAUGAAAGCCGUGGAGAAGAAUUGGCAAACAAAAUACGAUGUCUUGAAGGAGAACCUAACAGCUGUGCUGGACAAAAAUGCUCGCCUGGAAGAACAGUGGCCAGCUUUAGAGUCUCGAGCAAAAGAAGGCGAAGGAUUUAAAGAAAAGCUCAUGGUCGUUCAAGACGAGUUUGACAAUCUACAAAGCCUGCAGAAUCAAGAAAUAGCUAAAGUUAAACAUUUGCUGUUGCAGAAAGAAAAUGAUUUCACCGUGGCACUGGAACGUUACCGAGCAUUGGAGGAAUCUCUGGCACAAAGUCGCUUAGAGAAUGACUCGUUAUCCAAAGAUUUGCUGAACUUCAAAACUAGUCAACGCUCAUGUAGCGAGCUUCAAGACAAAUGUGAUUCGCUAAGAUUUCAGCUGAGUAGCUUCGAAGCUGAACGUUCAAGCGAGCAGCGAAAGAACGAAUCAACCAUUUCUGAGUUGCGGGAGAAAAUUGCAAGCCUUGAGAGUCGGCUAGCGGCUUCAGAGCUUGGUGGCGACGAUCGAGUUCAGGCUUUAACGCUAGAGCAGACGGCGCUGGAAAAAAAACUAGAAGAAGCCCGAGAGCAGCUAAGCAACAUCAAGACCACCUGGAGCAGUAAAAUCGAUUCCCUCGAGCGGCAAAUUGAGCAUUUAAAUGCCAGCAAGGCGGAAGAAAGUGCUGAGAACGAUAAAUUGGGAGAAAGUCUUGCUGAAGCUCGACGAAGUCUCAAAGAGUUCGAGCGAAUUUCUGAGGAAUUCAAAGUUAAAAGUUUGGAGUUGGAUGCUGUCGAAAGGGAGAAUUGUCAUCUGAUCGCCGAGCUUGAUACCUGUAAAUCUGACAAUGAAACUUUAGUGGAAAAGUUGCAAAAAUCGGAAGAAGCCCUUGCCCAAAAAGCGCAGCAGAUACAGGAGAAGGAAAAAGAAUCGUCGAUUGCAAGAAAUCAAGUUGAAUCAUUGGAAAAGCAGAUUGAGAACCUACAAUCUAAAAAUUCAUCGAUACUUGAAGAACUUGUAACCGCAAAUACAGCCAAAGAAUCAUUCGAAAUCCAGCUGAAUCAAGCCCAAGGCUUGGUCUCCACAUUGGAGUCAUCUUUGAAGGACGUGAAGGAACAGUUGAUCACCUUAGAGAAAGCUGCGGAAUCAGCAAAAUCGUUAGCUGUAGAGAAUAACAAAUUGGAAGCUGAUUUAACUUCCCUUCGGAAAACCAUUUCGGAUUACGUUGCAGCAAAUGAGGACUUAUCGUCUCAAUUAUCGUCCCUUCAUUCAAGCCACGACGAAGUUUUGCUGAGGAAUGCGGAAAUAUCUCAGGAAUUGGAAAUGGAGAGACGAAACCACAAAGCCACCGAGGAUAAGCUCCAAAAGUCAGAUUCUCAAAUUCGAGAACUGCAGUCGCGUCUCUCGGAAGCGGAACAAAUGACUGACGAUAAAGUUGAAAAAUUGGACGCUGUCAUCAAGAUAAGGAAUACUAUGGAGUUACUUGAAGAGCAGCUAGGCGAAAGGAACAAGACGAUACGGUUACAGAACCAGCGCAUAAAUGACAUGAAGAAAGCUUUGCAGAAAGAGUUGAACUCUAAAGCGAAUGGCUCAAGUAAGACUUCCAUGGGUGACUCGUCGAGUGAGGAAACGAUUGGGUUUCGUCGUGAACUUCCGCCACCAACCCUUGCAGUAACAUCGCAAGAUGAUGUAAAUUUCACUUACAUGAAGAACGUUGUUCUUCACAUCCUCACAAGUAAAGGAACUGAGGCUCUACACAUGACGAAAGCGCUCGCAACCGUGCUGAAGCUUUCCAUGGACGAGGAGCGGUUAGUGCGGGAUACUUUGGAAUGGCGGUUAUCUUGGUUUGGUCCGAAACCAGAUGUUCAAAAGUUUUUGCCUUGAAAAUGAAAUUGUGUAUUGCCUGAGUGACCGAAUAACCCGAUUGUUCCGUUGUAUUCCUGUGGGAUGUGAUAAGCAGGAUAUGCUAGGGUAACAGUGUUCCGUUGAGAGUUCGUCGGUUUGGGAAGCCUUUAAUCAGUUCAUCCGGACUUUAGUCUCCACCAGUUGAUUUGUCUUUAUUUGAAUUCCACGAAUGCAUAAAUCUCCGUAUUAUUACAUGGUUAUUGACGCGAAGCCAAAUGUAAUAAAAGUUUUAAACCUUAGACCGAACGGUAAAAUUGAGGAAGGAUAAGUUCCUGAAUGGUUUCUGAAAUGUUAAUACGGCAUGAGACUUAGUCCGGAAACUAUGUUGUGGAAAUUCCUACUUCGUGAAUUACGAUUAUGAAUUGUCUUAGUGUGGUUAGAAAUGACUGUUAGGCAUGAAGCAUUUUUUAUUUUUCGCUGAUUUAUCUCAAGUUCUAACUUAUUUUGGGAUGACAUGACAAUUGCAAGAUAUUCUUUUGUUGAUCGCAUACCGGAUGAAAUUAAAAAAAAAUGCGAUUUUUUCUUCGCUUCAUCCUCCUCCACAUAAAAUCCAAUUUUCUUGGAUUGGGUUUCACAUGAAGCAUGGGUUCACUCUUUGAGUGGCCAGCAACUUUUUGGACAUACUUCGGAAGCUUGCGUGAACCAUGUUUCUAAUUUUUAACGUUUCGCGAUUAACUUUGUCGAGAUGCCCAAAAAGAUUCUUUGCGCUUGAAAAUUCCAGUUUCUUGCGUUCAAGUGAUCUUGUAUGAUCCUUCAAUUUUGUGUGAUACGGUCGAUCUCUAAUCCGUUUCAACAGAAACUUUUCAUCUUGGAUUGUUCGGAGAUUUAAUUUAGCCUGUCUGGAUUCGAAAUGGAAGGAAUCGACGUACAGAUGCAGUAAUGUGUUUCUGAGAAUUCAGACCGCCGCUGAAUUUAUAUUUUUCCGGGAAUACCGUAUAUCCAUUGAAAUCACGGUUGUUUUCUGUUAGGUGUCGAACUUGAGUACGAAUGGUUACCCGGAUUCUUUCAUCUUGCUACGAUUUUUGUUUGAAUGUUUGAUCAACAGCGUAAAGAACACAAGCGAGGCGUUUUAGUUGCUCAGUGAGGUAUUAUUUAUUUUCAAUCGUUUUUCGAGGUUUAUUCUGGUCAGGAAGGGGGUUGGAGUAGGCCGCCAGGCAUUGCAUCGAUUUUUUGAAAACGAUAUUCACCAAAUUUAUUGUGUUAUUUUGGAGAUGGUGACUGAAAAAAGCGUGGAUCACUUCAGUGAAAA